AGAUCUUGUUUUUCACAGAGAAGAGAACUAAGAGAAGACACAUAGAAAAUGGGGAAUUGCCUUCGACAUGAAUCAGAGGUUAUAUGGGGAGGAGACAACUGGGGAGCACCGGAAGAAUGGGGAUCACCGGCGUCGGAGAAGCUGUUCAAGAAAGAAACUCGACAUGGUGGAUGGAGGAGAGACGAAGAAGCUGAUAUUCCAGAAGAUGAUGAAGAAGACGAGAUGCUAUUAGGGUUGGGAGAACUCAAUAAGAAGAGGAAGAAAAAGAGAGGAGGAGGAGGAGUGGGUUCUUCUUCUGCUUCUGUUCAUUAUGAGUCCACAGAGGUGAUGAAGAUCAAGGUCACAAAGAAAGAGUUUGAGGAGUUGACGUCAACGGGGAAAGGAGAUGUACAACAGAUGCUUUCUCAGUUGAUGAACGUUGGUGACAGGUAUCAGUUGGCUCAUCAAAGGUCUUGGAGACCAGCCCUUAAGAGCAUCCCUGAGUGAUUUCUCUUAAUCCUUACUUUUUCCCCUCAAUACCCAUUGUACAUAAGAUGAAGAUGAAGAUUGAGAGAAUCUUUGCUUACUCGAUCUUGAAUCCUUCUUGUCCUCAAACCCCAUUUGUACAUAAAUGAGUCAUAUUAGAAGAAGGGUCUCUUAUAUUCAGACUUGAUGGUAAUACUCUCUUUCUUUCUCUCUCUACAAAUAAAAUUUUUAUGGGUAGAAACCCAAAUUUUUCUCUC